UUUGCAAAUCCGAUAACUUUUAUUAAUUAUGUGUCUAAAGCGUUCGUUUUGGAUAUAAAUGAUGACUUAUUACAAAAUAUUUUGUUUGUAUAUAUUUUUAUCAAUAUUCUCUUGACCUUCAACUCUGUGAGUAAGCAACUUCAUAGGCGUUCAAUGAAAAUGACUCUGUUGUCGUGGUCGAGUCAGUUUCGUAUAGACAUCACACCGAAGCGGUAUUAUUCUAUAAAGUUUAUCAUUUUUUUAUUUUAUUUGCUUGUAAUGUUAAGAUCUAUUAGUGCUUUAACCAAAAUCGUGCCAAGUACACAAAAUUCAGGAAGAAUGACAAGCAUACACAGUGCCUACAUAGAGGAAGUGCACGAUGUGCCAAUUUCCGUAAUCACAAGGCCUUUCAUUCCGGAACUAGAUGAAAAAAAAGUACAGUCACUUAUGGAAACAAUACAAAAAGAAGAUUCCGGCAACGUACCACCGAUUGACGUACUUUGGAUCAAGGGCUCAGAAGGUGGUAACUACUACUACAGUUUCGGCGGCUGCCAUCGCUUCGCCGCGUACAAGAGACUCAACCGCCCUACCAUACCUGCUAAACUAAUCAAAUCUACCGUCACUGACCUGCAGACAUACCUCGGCAGCAGCACGCCGAAUCUUAAGUAAAUGUUAAGUUAAUGUAUAUUAAAUUAAUUUGAUUGUUGCAUUUUCUAAAACCGUAAAGCAGGUUGUUAAUUUGUGCUACAUUCACUGAUUCAGCGCUUUUAAGCGCAUUUGUAUGGAGUGUAUAUCUUUGUUAUAAUAAACAUAUUUAUUGUAAUAUACAUAAAGUAAUUGUUAUAUACGAUUAAAAUAGCGUUUGUUCUUAAAGUUACAUCAAGACGCAUUUAUAUUUAUUGAUAAUUUUAAACUAAAACAAUGGCAUAAAAAUAUCGGAAAAACCUUACUCGUAUAUUUUACAUUAAUUAAGGAAGAAAAAGAUAAAAAGGCCAGCUACUUAAUUCUGCCAAUAAGAUAAUUAGAAUUAAAAUUGCCAUUACCUAAAUAACUUUUAUUACCAGUUAGAAAAUCUGUACUAAUAUAAUAAAGCGUA